AUGCUUUUGCAUAAUUUAAGCAUGUCUGUUCAUGAAAAUAGCCAGCCAGAAGACCAGACAUGGCCUGAACUAGAGCUGCCUGGCUUACCAUAUACUGACACUGUCGGGAAACUCCACGCAGCCAUUGAAACUGACUGGGAUUCUCUCCGACGAUCAGCGUGUCAGACUGCAGCGGGAAGAGCACUGUGGAAACAUGUGAUCCAUGAUCCUCUUGCAGAGUUAUUGGCAGGAGAGACAUACCUGAGAAGCAUUUAUGAGAAGAUUAAGAAAGACCGUCUCAACAAUGCCAGGGAAAUCUCUGGCGUGAUUCUUGCUGUUCGGACUCUGUGGUUUGAUUCGAAAAUCGAAGAUGCUAUCAAUUCCUUCGAUGGUGGAGCGACACAAGUUGUUCUUCUUGGAGCAGGAAUGGAUGGAAGGGCAUACCGUCUGAGUUGCUUGAAAGAAAGCAAUGUUUUUGAGGUCGAUUUUCUAGAGGUCUUGCAAAUGAAAUCCAAUAUUCUACAGGCAGCAACUGAUUCAACAAAUGAAUUUCAGAAUCUCAAGACAAUAGCAAAAUCUCUAAGCAGAGUUGCAGCUGACAUCAGAGACAAUGACUGGUUCGAAAAGCUUCAGACAUCAGGAUUUGUACCAGAGAAAAAUACAGUGUGGGUUCUAGAAGGUAUACUCUACUACCUUUCCCACUCGAACGCCAUGGAGGUGCUGCAUGUUAUAGCAGCCAACAUCACUCAUACCAGCACAGUCCUCUUAGCAGACUUCAUGAACAAACAAUCAAUCACGCUGUCGAGCUCUAUGUUCGAUUUCUAUAGUGAUUGGCCUGAUCACCUCCUGCCAUCACUAGGUUUUUCAGAUGUUAAGCUUUCACAAAUUGGGGACCCAGAUGCCCAUUUUGGUCUGUUGCAUGAUCCACAGAAUCUGUUUAAUAAGCUGCGCAGCUUGCCCCGAUCAUUACAAAUUCACCCAGAUGACGGAACACCAUGUUGUCGCUUGUAUUUCGUGAAGGCUUGUGGCUCACCCAAUCAUACUAUCGCAUAGAAGGCAACAUAACACAAGACUUGAUACUAUACUUGCCCCAACUUGCAAUAAUAGCAGAGGUAUAGGCAUCAUUAUUUGUUAGUGCAGCCUUAGAAAUCUUAAUUGAAUUUUGGGAACAAAAUUGCAACAUACGUCUAGGCUGUUCAAUAAUGUCCGGUCAAGUUCGAAAUUUAUACCGGGAUAAACAAAAUUUAUGAAUAUUCUUUGGUAGCACAACUUAAUCUUUUCUGGGGAAGAUUUUACAUUUAUGUGUUCCAAUUAGCAGCUUUCAUUUAAAGUUGUUCCAUUAUGAUCUGGGCAUCAAGAUUUGAGUCACAAAGACAUCCUCUUCACUAGGGGCAGAGCCAGAGUCUAUUUUUAGUGAGGGCAAUCAUCACGUUGAGGAGAACGAUUGAAGAACAAUCAUCAAAAUUUAUUGUGUCUUGCAGAUACGAG